AUGCCGCGACAUCAUGACGACGCGGGCCCCAUCGAACUGCCGCAGGGCAAAGUGGUGGGCAAACGGUGGAAGAUUGUGGACAAGCUGGGCGAGGGCGGCUGUGGGGCGGUGUACCUGGUGGAGGACCACAAAAAUGGAGCCAAAGCCGCGAUGAAGGCCGAGAGCAAUUUCGUGGCCGGAGGCAGUGUUUUGAAACUCGAGGUUCAGGUGCUGAAGCGGAUGGUCGGUCGGAAAUACGUGGCUCAGCUGAUCGCCGCCGGCAAAAAGGAAAAAUACAGCUACAUGGUAAGGCAGGCGUGGUUUUAUAAUAAGAGGGCCAUUUUUGAAGGGGUAGGGAUAGAAAAAGGCAGAUUUCAAAUUUUGUAAAAAAAAAUUUUUGGGCGGGGUAAAAAAAUUUUUUUUGAAAGUUGGGGUGGUUUUUUUUUAAAUAAGCAGAGUAAAGAAUAUUUUUCAAAUUUUUUAGGUAAUGACAUUGUUUGGACCCAGCUUGUCCCGACUUUUUAAACAGUGCAAAAAACAAUUCAGCGUCUCGACUCAGGUACGAUUGGGAGUCCAAAUCUUGUAUGGCCUAAAACAAAUUCACGAAGUAAGUUGGUAUUUUAUUGUUGAGUGUUCGUUAGGGCAAGGCGGGGUAGGGCAUGGUAAACUAGGGCAGGCUAGGGCCGGACAGAACAAAGCAGGGCUGGUCUAUGCUGGCGAAAGGAAAGCAGGGCAGGGCUAGACUGGACUGAGCUAAGGUCGGCUGGGUUAGACUAGGCAAUUAUGCCAAGCCAAUUCAAACCAGGCUAAGACCAGCCAAACCAGGCUAAUAUGAGCCAAAGCAGGAUAAGACAAACCAGGCUAAGGCCAGCCAAACCAGGCUAAGACAAGCCAGGCCAAGACCAACCAAACCAGGCUAAGACAAGCCAGUCUAAGCUAAGGCAGAGCGAAAAUUUUUUAAUUUGUUUUUUUUCAAAAUUUUUUAUUUUCAGGCCGGCUACAUUCACCGCGACAUAAAACCAGCCAAUUUGGCCGUAGGUCGGCGUGGAAGAGAAUCAAGAAUAUUACAUGUUCUAGACUUUGGACUGUCUCGAGAGUACGUGGCGCGGAAUUCCAAUGGUACAGUUGAAAUGCGACGGCCAAGAGAAAAUUGUCUAUUCAGAGGCACCACCAAGUACUGUAGCAUAAGGACACAUGAGAGAUAUGAACAGGGCCGGUCUGAUGAUUUAUAGUGAGUUUACUGUAAGCUACUGUAGAGGGUAGGGUAGGGUAGGGUAUGGUGGGGUAGGGUAAAGUUUAUUAAAUUUUUUUUAAGUGUGGUAGGGAAUGGUAAGGUAAGUUAGAGUAGGGUAAUUUUUUCUAAAUUGAGAGAGUGUACGGUAGGGCAGGGUAAAUUUUAUAAAAAUUAGGGGGGUGUUAUAGAAAUUUUUUACAUUUUUUCAAAGGCAGAGUAGGAUAGGGUAGGGUAAUUUUUUUUAAAUUAGGGGGUGUUUUUCAAAAAAAUUUUUUUUUUAAAUUUUUUUUAGCUCAAUGAUGUACGUACUAUGUGAAAUGCGCAAGUCUUUACCGUGGGACCGUUUACGGUAUGUUUUGUCGUUUUAACAAAAUUUUUUUUUGAAAAAAAUUUUUAAUUUUUAAAAAAUUUUAAUUAGUACUACCACUCUUCAGAGACAAGCACGAAAUCGGCCGAAUGAAGACCUCAACCGACGUGGACACCCUGCUAGCCGACAGCCCCAAGGAGUACAAAAAGAUCUUUGACCAUCUCAACGAGACCAAAUACGAACAGCGACCGGACUAUGCCAUGAUUUACAAGACCUUUGCCCAAGUCAUCACCGACAAGGGCUUCAAGUUCGAAGAACCGUACGAUUGGGAGAGUUUGCCCGAGAAUCAGUUAACGCCCAGCGAGGAGAAGAAGAACAUCCCCACGCUGAAUGAGGACGCUUCGAUGUGAGUUUUUGGGUAUUGCCAAGGCUUUUUUUGAUAGGAUGGGCAAGUUUAAAGUUUUGAAAAGGCUUUUUUCGCUAGUAUUGGCAAGAUUAAAGUAAUAUACUUUCAGUGACAAGACCAAGACAAAAGACAGCACGGCAAAAUCCGAGGAAAAGUCAUCAGAUAAGGCAAAACCCAUUACCAACGGCGUCAUGGCCUUGUUUCCGCCCGAAGAAUUCGAAAAGAACGAGCUGGGCUUCUAA